ACAAGUGGUGCUUUAUCCGCCCUGUCCCGCUCUGGGUAAGAGGAAACCCCAAACUGCUUAGGCUCAACCAGCUUUUAGCCUUUUCUCUUUUUCUUUCCCUCCCUUUUCACUCACACCCAUCGGACGUGUGUGCGCUCAGGAUAAGAAUGGCAGCAUCAUCUGCAAAAAGAACAGGAGAGCUCUGCAAAAUGUUGGCUUUUGCUUUGCUUCUUAUCGCCUCACUCUUAAGUGCAGGUGCCAUGGCACAGGACACAGAAGAUGCUGUAGCAGCAACGGCACUACCUUUGCAAGCCAAUGUACGAGGAGACAUGAUUCCACAAACAACUGAGGCUCCUGACACUGGCGAUGCUCAAGAUUCACAAGGCCAAAGAGUGGUUUUUCCUACUGAUAUUCCUACUAAGACUAAACAGACGACAGCACCAGCGACUACAGAGAGAGCAGAAAGUGCAGGAGAUGCAGGGCACAAUGAGGACAGCAAUCCUGCAGCUCCAGAGGAUGCAGCUGAUAAGGGAACUGGCUUCACAGUGGAGGUACAUACUGACAUACCCAAAGUUGUACAGCGAGAAACCCCAGCACCUAUGCCCUCCAGAGGGGAUGGCCCCGGGAACAAACCAAAGGAUGAUGUUGUCUGUGUCAGCAAAGAGGCAGUCCAGGACAAAAACGCUGUCAAUCUGAAACUCAAGGCUUCCUCCAACUGUGUGGAUACCAAAGUGAAGAUUGAAAGUGUCCUGCAGGAGCUGUGUGGUGAGGACUGUAAGCUAGACAUCUACCAGGAGGACAACUCAGAUGAAAUCCUUGUGUCUGGAAAGUAUGUUGAAGCUGAUGUUGCAGGCAUGGCUAACAAGUUCAACAAUGACAACAUCAAAGAUAAGACUGAUGUGGUGGAAGCUGUUCCUCGCUGGGGGAAGAACUCUAAGUUGGUAUUGGUUUCCUUGCUGCUGACUGGCCUGCUGCUGGCUGCACUGCUGGUAGCUGGUUAUUACCUCAAGACCCACCGCAAGAACUCCAAAGGAGUCAGACUGGCUGAGUCUUUCCAGGUGGAUGAGGAGAACCAAGCUAAUACCCUGGUGUCUGUGGCCCCACUGCCCCAGGAGCCCCUCGACAAGCCCACCGCCAAUGGAGAGUCUCCACCAGAAAAUGGAACCAACCCCUCCCCCACCACUAACGGACACUCCCAGACCCAGACCCCAGUGGCUGACACUGAGAUGUGAAUCACGACACCCCACCCACCCCCCACCCCCACCCCUUCCUCCCAUUCUACCCAUCACCCACUGGGACACACAAUCCACAAGCCCCUCUGCUGCCUCAGAGACUGUCCACACACUGAGAUAAAUUCAACAUGAAUCCACCAAAAAGAUUCACCUCACCUCCUCCCUCUCCUCAACUUGUACCUCCUGGGACUACAAUGACAACAAAGAUGAAGCUCGUCACUAUGAUGAUGACAAUGACAAUGCCUGUAAUGUGAAAAGUUUGGGAUCACUCGCCUUUGCUGGUGUCAAGAGGAGCCUACAGACACUGUGUUUGGGACCGAGACUGAUCAGCAGGGCACUGACUGCGAUUUGUUAGCUGCCCUAACUUAAGUCUAAUAGUAAUCAUUGUAGAAUCACCAAAAUAACCACAACUGUGGUGCAAUAAAACCAAUGAAGCCAGGCAGGUGAAAGGAGACCAGUUUUUGUACUGUUGUAAAAAGGACUGACGCUCACUGCUUGAUCUUUUUUUUCCUACAUAAUUCAGGAAAUGUUUGUUAUUUCACUAUUUUCCUAUAGAUUGUGAGAUGGGCAAAAAGAAGUGAAAAAUAAGAGAUCUGCCAAGUUUGAAUUCAUUGAAAGUUGGGUAUAUUUUCUCACAGACUGUCAAACUUUAAUAAACAAAUUACUAUUGUUAACAUUCUUUAUAGACACCAAAGACCAGUUGACAUGGUAUUAACUACAUACUAAACAGUUAGCUAGUAAGCAUGAUCUUUGGUUUUACUGAGGAAUUUAAUGAUGAUACCAAGCUAUUCAUAAUGUGGAAAUGUCAGAAAUGAAGAAAUGAAAGGUAUUAAUAUUUGUGUCAGUGCUUUAUACUGAGAGAAUAAUGAGCUAAACAUUGGUAACAUCUGACCUUUGGUCAAGGUUUAUGUAGUUUCAUAGUGAUGUUCAUGAUGACAAUAGUGUCCUUUUUUGUUUUUAAACAACUUCAGUUUUUUUCCUACUCUUACCACUGUCUUUGGGAAUGAUGAAGCCCGGCAAAAUUUUUAAAUAGUGAGAAAAAAGUCGUACAAAAUGAGUUGUCAGGCUGGUAAACAAAAUCACUAGCAUGAAAUUUCUACACAACAUGCAGCCGGUUCAGCAUUCCAAAGACUGCCUUUAUCUCUUUGUUGAUAUAAAAAAAUGUAAAUCAUUGGUACACAUUUUUUUUUACACAUUUUUUACCUUUUCUUUUGAACAACUGGCUACUUUCAUAAUGUACUGCAUGUGUAAAUAAGCCUGCUUUCUCUGUUAGUAUCUGUGGCUGAUUCAUAAACUGUGAUUGUUGACAAUA